GGAGGGAGGAGAAUUCCUCACCUGUCCCAGUAGUAACCCGCAUUCCGUUUUCCGCAGACAGGUGAUUGACUAGCUGAGGCCACAUUAAAAUUCAGCAAAGAGAAGGGACGCUCUGCGAUGCCACUUUGUUUCCUUUUGGCUCGAAGAGAAAUGCAUCGUUCUCCACAGCACCGGUAGUGGGAAAUACGAACUGAAGCCAGGAUGAACGAGAUGAACCUGAGUCCCGUGGGGAUGGAUCAGCUGAGCGUGCCCUCGGUGAGCGCGAGCCACCUCGGCCUCCCCGCCUCCCCCACGCACAACUCCAUCACAUCAGCAGGCAUGCCAGCAGUGGCCAUCCCGAGCUUGGCGUCAUCUCUGGGGCCGUUGCCGUCGGCGCUGUCCCUCAUGUUGCCCAUGGCGCCGCUGGCCGAGCGCAACUACCCCCUGCCCCCGCCCCCCUACCCCCAUCUGGAGAGCAGCUACUUCAGGCACAUCCUACCAGGUAUCCUAUCGUACCUGGCGGACCGUCCCCCGCCCCAGUACAUCCACCCGAGCAGCCUGGGCAUGGACGCAGCUCUGUCAGCGGCCAGCAGCGGCCCCCCAGGCCUGGACCCGUAUGGGGGGGGUGCGGGGGGGGGUCUGGAGCCGUUGGGGCUGGUGGGGGUGGGCGGUCUGGACGCGGACUCUCGGCAGGUGGGGGGGCAGGGCGAGCAUGAGGUGCAGGUGUCGCUGGACGGGAGCCUGGGGGGGGCCAUGGAGUCGCGGGGCAGCAGUCCUGAGGGGCCGCUAGGCGGCAUGGAGGGGGGGCGGGGGGGGGUUGGGGUGAUGCCCCUGGAGUUGCCCCCUGCGGUGCUGGAGCAGGAGCAUAUGGGGGGGGACCGCGGGGGUGGGGGGGAAGUGCUGCACCCGUCGGCUGAGCUCGGCGGGGGGGGUGUGAGCGUGGUGCUGACGGGGUCGGCCACGCUGGGCAUCGGGCUGGAGCAGGUGACCCCAGAGGUGACCCUCGGACCGGAGAGCGGCCUCGUGCUGGUCAACAACACGCUGCAGCUCGACGACUCCACCUCCAACAAGGAGAACAUGGCGACCGCAUACAACAUCUGGUGUACCCUGUGUGACCGCUCCUACCCCUCGGACUGUCCCGAGCACGGCCCUGUGACGUUCAUCCCGGACACGCCCAUCCUCACCAGAGCCCGCCUCUCCUUGCCCCGCCCACUCUGCCUGCGCGUGUCAGUGGCCGACGAGCCAAUCGGUGUGUUUGCACGGGAGAAUGUUCCGGUCAGAACGUGCUUCGGGCCGCUGGUUGGGCAGCACUGUGGCAGCGUGGAGCUGAGUGCCUGGACAGACAAGGACACACCCCACAUCUGGAAGAUUUUCCAUGACAACCUGCAGGAGUUCUGCAUCGUCACUACAGAUGAGAACGAGUGCAACUGGAUGAUGUUCGUCCGCAAGGCCAGAACCACGGAGGAACAGAACUUGGUGGCGUACACGGACAACAGGAAGCUUUAUUUCUGCGUCUCCAGAGAGAUCGUCCCAGAGCAGGAGUUGCUGUUCUACUAUAGCAGUGACUACUGCAGGCAGAUGGGUGUUGCCAUGGUACCUGAGGGGCAGGUGUGCCACUGUGGGAAGGAAUGCUCCUCCUUCUCUGACCUCAAGGCUCACUUAUUAAGCCACGCCCCCAGCCCCGCCCCCCAGGAGCACCAUGCGUCUCACUCCGCCCACGAGCACACCAGCCAAUCAGCAGGCAAGCUGAACUCAGGCUCCGCCUCUUCCUCCCCCUGGCCGUGUCACGGAGGCCACGCUAGCGGAGGAGGCGGGGCUAGCGGAGGAGGCGGAGCUAGCGGAGGAGGCGGGGCUAGCGGAGGAGGUUCAGGGCGAUCCAGGAAGUUCAAGUGCAGCAUGUGUGCGCGCGCCUUCACCACGUCCACCAAACUCAACACUCACUUUAUGGGCCAUGUGGGCAUGAAGCCACACAAGUGCGAAUACUGCAGCAAGGCCUUCAGCGACCCCAGCAACCUCAGGAUGCACCUCAAAAUACACACAGGUCAGAAGAACUACCGCUGCAGUGUGUGUGAGAAGUCGUUCACCCAGAAGGCUCACGUGGCCUCACACAUGGUCAUCCACACGGGCGCCCGCAACCUCAAGUGUGACCACUGCGACCGACUCUUCAUGCGCAAGCAGGACCUCAAGCAGCACCUCCUCACACACACACAAGACAGCCAGAUCCGCUGCCCCAAGUGUGACAAGCGCUUCCUGAAAACCAACCACCUGAAGAAGCACCUCAACUCCCACGAGGGUCGCCGUGACUACAUCUGCGAGAAGUGCAGCAAGGCCUUCCUCACCAAGUACCACCUGACCCGACACCUCAAGAUCUGCAAGGGCCCGCAGAUGAGCCGGGGGGGGCCGGGGAGGGUGGGGAGGGGUGAGGAAGAGGAGGAGGAGGAGGAAGAUGAUGAGGAGGAGGAAGAGGAGGAAGCAGCUGAGGGACCAGACGACGCUGCUGCUGCCUCACAGGACUGCUGACUCGAGGAGGAGGGGGGUACUCCUCAGACCCCCCCCACCCCCCCCCCCAACUCUGACAUGACAUACCCCCAUCCAAAACUCUAACCCCCCCCCCCCCCCCACCACCUGUCCAACUGCACCGUGCCAAUUUUACCCAUGACCCCCCCCCCCCCCCCCCCUGUCCUGUCUAUUUAUUUAAUUCCCUCAUGUUCCUCACCUUUAACUCUGGCCCCGCCCUCUUGUCACGCCCACUUCAUGCCCAGUCAUGUGACCCACUGCAAACCUCAGCACUAACUCAGCAGAAUCAAAUCUCAGCACUAACAGUGACUCAGCAGAAUCAAACCUCAGCACUAACAAGGACUCAGCAGAAUCAAACAAGGACUCAGCAGAAUCAAACCUCAGCACUAACAAGGACUCAGCAGAAUCAAGCCUAAGCACUAACAGUGACUCAGCAGAAUCAAACAAGGACUCGGCACUAAUAAUGACUCAGCAGAAUCAUGGCUUAUUGUGUGAAGCCCCUCCCAUUAGCAGUGACCCAGCAGGAACAGAUAAUCUGAUUGGACAAGGCCCCAACACACAUCUGUUCCCACACACACAAACACACACACACUCACACACACACAAACACACAAACAAACAAACACACACUCACACACCAUCCGUGAGCCGAUUUGCACACACACACACACUAUCCGUGAGCUGAUGUGUGCACACACACACACACACACACACACACACACACAAUAUCUCUCUCCAUGUGUGAGCGUUUGUGCCAUAUCUCCACAUAUGGACAUGCUACUGGGCAUGAACCUCUCUCACGAGGCAGAUUAACGAAAGAUGUGUGAUGUCAUGAGUUGGUGAUGUCAUGAGUUAAUGAUGUCAUGAGUCUAUGAGGUCAAGAGUUGCUCUCCCGUAAGUGGCUGCUUCUACCAUACACAUUUCAUCUUUACUUACUGUUACCAUGGUUACAUGACUGUGUAGUGUAUGUGAUGUAGAACACUCGUGUUUUGUUUGUCCAGAUUAUGAUAAAUAUGUUUUUUUUAAAAUAAUAUACAUUUGAAAAUGA